GAUUACUUGUGUUUCUUGUUCCUCGUAUGUACGUCGAUAUCUAUUCUAGGAUCUGGUUCCGCUUCCUCUGUCCAUCACAAGAUCUCAUUUCUUCUCUUCUUUCAGAAUUCUUCAUUAUCAUUUUGUCAUACACAUGUGAUUUAAGUUUGUAGUGCACGAAGCGCUGUCCUAUUGAAAAUACACCUAGUUCAUACUUUCACAACAUAUUCACAUGUACCCACUACCCAGUUGUACCAACUGCAUCCAUGGUUACCCAGUUGUGCUGUGUGUGAUUUACUGAUGUCUGUGGUCUGACUUCACGAUUUAUCUGAUGUUUUUCAAUGAACAGGAUUGCUGAUGAAAUAAAACACUGGGUUUUCUCAAGGCAUGGGACCAGCAAGCUUCCAUAGGCCAUCUUUAUCAUCAGUCAGACCACAUGGUGGUCUUAUCUCCAUCCAGUUCUACAAGAAGAAUGUUACAGCUGUCAGCACCUGCAGUUGUUCUAAAGUGUGACAUCCCUUUCUUUGUCAUAUCGUAUGAUAUAUUGCUCCUCAGUAAUUUUAAAGCUAGUUGCUCCUUCUCAAUUAUUCCCUGAUGUGCCAUGAAAUGGAAAGUAUAUCCCACAUAUUUAUUACCUUCUAAGAAACACUGGAAUGGCUAUGAGGCUGGAAACCCAUGGCGAAAUCACGAGUGUUACUGAAUGAGUGUGAUGGCUGGCCUUAGCUGUCGCCGUAGCCACGUUUUGUGCCCCCUUUGAUUUGCAUAUGCUCCUCCGAAUCACCUUUCUGGCCCUCUUGCCCCCCCCCCCCUGCCCCUGUAAACUGUUGAAACUACCCUUGGCAGAGCACCCCUGUUGUAAAUUAUUACGAGUUGAUUGGUGAUAUGAUGGUUUAAGCUUUAUUUCUGUAAGGUGGUUUACAAAAGGUGUGAUUCCAGUGAAGGCAUUUAGGAAGAGAGAUACUGCUUCUUUAAGCUCUGUUUAGUUUCCAAAAAGUUUUCUACAAUACCCGUCACAUCGAACUUUUGGACACACGCAUGGAGCAUUAAAUGUAGUUGAAAAAAAUAUCUAAUGACACAGUCUAACUGAUUAGCACUAGAUGAAUUUUUUAAGCCUAAUUAGUUUAUAAUUAGAUAUUAAUUGCCAAAUAGCAACGAAAGUGAUGCAGUGUCAAAAUCUAAACAUUUUCGCGAACUAAACGGGGUUUGUGAAAUGGUUUGCUUGGAUGAAUUUAAAGAAACUAGACCAUCAGUCGCAUCGUCUUCGACGUUGUGUGAACCUAGCUGCCUGUCACUCGAAAGAGCCAUCAUUCAGAAUUGAAGACCUGAACUUUGACUAAGAACAGUGUACAUAUAGCUAUUGCUAUCACGAAACACCAACUGAAGUGGAUACACAUGUUAUGUUUAGUGUACAAUAGUUGCUUAACAUAUUAACAUUUCAAACUGCUUUAAUAUAGUGUUUGAUUUUGUAGCAACUGACAUCAUGUCCUAAUAGAAAUCGAAGAUUACAAUCUUCUUGCUUUCUAAAAUAUGCCAACAAUAAUGGAAGAGAUAGAGAGGAGUACAUGUCAGCAUCAUUAUUGCUCGUCACUUCAUCAGUACUUCAGGGCCUCGGUAUUCAGCACAAGAAGACCAAGUGAAAUAUCAUCACCAUCAACCACCAGGAAGCCAAGGAAGGAGAGAACCAGAUCAAGAUCAACCAAUGGCGCACCCAAAAACAGGUGGGUUUCUGCCGGUGCCUAACGUGCAGGCACUCGCGCAGACUUGGAACAGCUCCGGCGAGCUGGUGCCUGACCGGUACGUCAGGACGGAGGAGGCCGUCGCCGAGGAGGUCGUCGCCGGAUGCGCGCUUCCAGUCGUGGACCUCGGCAGGCUCCUCGAUCCCCGGUCGUCGGCAGAGGAGCUCGCGAACCUCGGCUCUGCCUGUCAGCACUGGGGUUACUUCCAGCUCGUCAACCAUGGCGUGCCGGAAGAGGUGAUCCGGGACGUGAGGAGAGACAUAGCCGAGUUCUUCAAGCUCCUGCUCGAAGCCAAGAAGGCGUGCGCGCAGCUGCCGGACGACAUCCAGGGCUACGGCCAGGGCUUCGUCUUCUCCGAGGCGCAGAAGCUGGACUGGGCCGACAUGAUCUACCUCAAGCUUCGCCCCAUGGAGUCGCGGAGCAUGAGGUUCUGGCCCGCCCAGCCUCCGUCCUUCAGGAACUCCGUGGAUUGGUUCUCGACGGAGGUGGCGAAGGUGACGUCGUCCUUGCUGCGGUUGAUGGCGGUGGACAUGGGCGUGGAGCCGGAGCGCCUCCUGGAGAAGUUCGGGGGCCAGCCGCAGACCAUGAAGGUGACCUACUACCCGCAGUGCAGGCAGGCCGGCGAUGUGCUCAGCCUGUCGCCGCACACGGACGCCUGCGCCGUGACGCUGCUGCUCCACGUCAACGAUGUGCAGGGCCUGCAAAUUAGAAGGGACGAUGGCAAGUGGCACGCCGUUGAACCUCUCGAGGGUGCAUUCAUCGUCAACGUCGGUGACACACUCGAGAUGUUAAGCAACGGCAAGUACAAAAGCGUUGAGCAUAGGGUCACGGUGCACCCAGACAAAGAGCGCAUCUCCGCGGCGAUGUUCCACCAGCUAUUCCCGAACGCGACGGUUGGCCCUCUUCCGGAGCUCGUGAAAGGCAGCAGCGGGGCGCGAUACAGAUCGGUGGAUUACACGGAUUUCAUGAAGCACUUCUUCUCGGCGAAGCAUGAUAAUGGAGCGAGCCACCUUGACCACUACAGGAUUUAAUUUGCUCGAAGAAGAUGAUGGAUACCUUGUUAUCAGGUUAAUGAUGUAUCAUUUGAUGGAUGAACUCUGAAAAAUAAAAGCACUUGUGAUGCAUGAUAAAUAUAACAGGAAACAUGUUUCUUUUAAUA